AGAAGAGCAGCCACACAGAAAAAAAAGUUCAAAUCAACUCAGAGCAGAGGAGGGAGGAGAGACGGGAGAGAAAACGCCCUGGAAACUUUGGUUGAGAAAUAGGAAAAGAGUGACUGAAUCCUAACAGACUGCAGAGCUGUGACUGGAAGAAGUGCUUUACUUGUGAAAAGGGGAUAGGACACGUUUUCAAGGAUGCUCAAGUUGGUGUGAGGCUUCUUGGGCGCAAAGACUGCGCACAGAAGCCAAGAGAACAAGAACCACAGCAUCUGACUGUAGGCCUUGGCCUUGCUUGAGCAAUCCAAGGAAAACAAAGAUUGAGUUUUCAACACACCGGGGCUAUAGAGGAAAGACAAAUCAAGAUGGCUGAAGAGGAGGAGACCAGAGAGGUGCUCUUUCAAGAUUGGGAGGGUCCAGACAAAUCUGGCUUUACAAUUGAACAGACAGGUGGAGAGAUCUUUGUUGGGGAGGUUAAAGGAGAGUCACCUGCAGCACGUUCUGGAAAAGUAUAUGAAGGUGACCAGAUUGUCGGCGCCACAGUAUACUUUGAUAACAUGAGCUCAGAAGAAACAGCUGAACUACUAAAGACAUUGAACCGUCACAAAGUUGGACUGAAGCUGCAAAACAAAGGAGACAAAUCCCCUUGCUGCUCGCCCUUGAGCACACCAUGUCGUUCACCAAUCGGCACCCUGACAUGGGAAGGAAAGACCCGGUUUGGAGGUUCCAGUCCAGAUAUCAUCCUUGGCGGGGAGGAUGAAGACUACAAAAGAAUAUACACAAAAAAGAUUAAGCCCAGGCUGAAGUCUGAAGACCUUGCAGAAGGCGUGGAUGUUCGCACAGAGCGGCAUAGCAGCACAAGCAGCGAUGGAAGCACAAUUACUACCGUCACCCGCCGCAUCACGACCUACACUGUGGAUAUGCCGGGUGGCAUAAGUGAGCAACUUGAACUUUCAAGCCCAGAGUUCAAGGGGCUAAGGCAAGAAUCUGGUGAUGGCUCUUCUCAUACCAUAAUCUCACAUGGCAGCCCCGCAGGUAAAGUGGGAGCAGAGGGGAACGUUUUUGACUCAAGCAAUGUCUCUUACACUGGGCCACAAGUUGGCUCCAUAGAGACACGCUGGGGUACUGGGGGAGUUCAGACCACAAGAACUUCAGGAGAGGUAGAAGGUCUCAGAUUUAAAGGGUCUAACUUUGGAGGAUCAGGGAGCCAGGGGGGCAGUGAGAUCUCAAGUAGGAGUGGAGAGCAAGUUGAUGGAGGUAUGCAGGUGUUAGGAACAAGCAUGACAGUAAGAGACAGCGCAAACACCGAUAAGCAUGUUGCAAUAGGAGGGUUCGGGGGUGGAGAUGAGAAUGGAGGGUUAACUAAUCUGUCUUCACCAGGAAAGAGCGUGACGAUUUCGACUUCAUCCAUGUUUAAAACACAGGAGGGAAGUGUUGACACCAGUUUAGAUGAGAAGAAAAAGUUAAAGUUAUCUGAAAUCAGUUACCCGCAGGCAAAGGGAUCAGGCCGUUUGGACAAUUCGAAUGUCCGACUUGAAGGAGGUUCCAUAUGUGUUGAUAAAGAAUUGAGUGAUGGCAGGAUAGGAGGAUCGGCAAUACAAAAAGGCAAAAUCACCUCUGGAUUUUCAUCAGGGCCAGGAAAGAUUUCAAUGGCAGGGCGGGAUGUCGACCUUACAGGUUCAAAGUUCAAAGGUGAGCUUGAUGCUGAACUGCCAAGCACAAAGGUUCAAAUUCCAUCCCUAUCUGGGCCAAAUAAAGAUGUAAACCUAAGGGGUUCCAAAGUAGAGGGGAAUAUUGAUGUUACAGUGACUGAGGGAGGAAUAAAGACAGACAACAUAGAUAUUAAAAGUCCCACUUUUAAUAUUAAGGAGAAAGAAGGAGAUUCAAAAAUGCCUCGGAUAAAGAUAUCAUCAUUUGGGGUCAAGGGGACAAAAGUUGACGCAAAAACUUCUGGGGUUGACAUUGAAGGAGCAGAAAUUGAUGGUGGAAAGUCUGAUGUAAAAGUGGAAGGAGCGAAAAUCAAGAUACAAUCAUUUGGCUUCACAGGUCAGAAGGUUGAAGCUUCAGAUGUUGAUGUAAAACUUGCCAAACCUGAAAUUGAUUUCAGGGUACCUGAGGUUGAUGUCAAUGCAUCCAAAGUUAAUGUUAAAAGCCCAUAUGUAGACAUUAAUGCUUCCAAAGUGGAUAUUGACUAUGAGGGACCUCGAGGUGGAUUUAACCAGUCGAAAUGUACAAUGCCAACCAUUGGCAUGAAAAGUCAGGAACUGGAAGCUCCCAAAAUAAAAGGGAAUGUGGACGUGUCAGUGCCAAAGAUAUUUGGGUUGAAAGGUCCAAAACUGGAAGGUCCAGACGUUGAUGUUGACCUUCCUAAAGCUAACAUUGUUGUGAAAGCACAUGGAGUUGACAUUAAAGGUCCACAGGUUGAUAUUGCAGGGCCAAAGGGUGGAUUUGAAAGGCCAAAAAUCAAAAUGACAUCAUUUGGCCUCAAAGGUCCAAAAGUGGAGGGUCCAGAUGUUGAUGUUAACCUUCCUAAAGGUAACAUUGAUUUGAAAGGACCUGGAGUGGACAUUAAAGGUCCACAGGUUGAAAUGCCUAAAUUCAAAAUACCGUCCUUUGGCGUAAAAACUCCAAAUGUUGAAGGAUCAGAGGGUGAUGUCACCCUCUCAAAAGUUGACAUUGAAAUGAAGGCCCCUGACAUGGACGUGAAAGGACCAGAUUUUGACGACAAAAGUACAAGUGGUAAAAUCGGAGGACCAGCAUUCAAACUGCCCAGCAUUUCUGGACCAAAAAUUCCAGAUGUGGAUUUACACCUCAAAGGACCCAAAGUCAAGGGGGAUGUCGAUGUGUCAUCUUCAAAAGUUGAAGGAGACAUUUUUGAUAUUAACCUGAAAGGCCCUAAAAUCAAAGGGGAUGUGAACGUGUCAGUGCCAAAGAUAUCAACUGACAUACAAAGACCUGAAGUUAAAAUCAAAGGUCCAGGAGUUGACAUUGAAGGGCCAAAGGGUAGAUUUGAAAUGCCAAAACCCAAAAUGCCAUCAUUUGGGUUAAAAGGUACAAAAGUGGAGGGUCCAGACGUUGAUGUUAACCUUCCUAAAGCUGACUUUCAUGUGAAAGCACCUGAAGUUGACAUUGGAGGUCCAAAAGUUCAUAUUGAAGGAGUAGAUGUUGAUGGCCAAAAAGGAACAUUCAAAAUGCCGAAAAUCCAAAUGCCAUCAUUUGGCUUGAAAGGUUCAAAAGUGGAGGGUCCAGACAUUGCUAUUAAACUUCCCAAAGCUGAAAUUGAUGUUAAAGGACCCGAGGUUGACCUCAAAGGACUAGAUGUCAAUGUUGAAGGCCCUGAUGCAAAAUUAAAAGGAACCAAUAUCAAACUGUCCAGCAGUUCUGGACCGAAAAUUCCCAUGCCAGAUGUGGAUUUCAACCUGAAAAGCCCCAAACUCAAAGGCGAUGUGGACAUGUCAAUGCCAAAGACAAAAGGAGACCUAAACAGACCUGAAGUUGACAUCAAAUGUCCAGAUGUUGACAUUGAAGGGACAAAGAGUGGCUUUAAAAUGCCUAACAUCAAAAUGCCAUCAUGGAACAUCAAAGGUUCCAAGUGUGAAGGUCCAGAAGUUGAUAUAAACCUUCCGGAAGCGAAUAUUGAUGUUAAAACACCUGAUGUUGACAUAACAGGUCCAGCAGUUGAUUUUGAAGGGCCAAAAGGUGGCUUUGAAAUGCCGAAAAUCAAAAUGCCAUCAUUUGGCUUGAAAGGACCAAAAGUGGAGGGUCCAGACAUUAAUAUUAACCUUCCCAAAGCUGAUAUUGAUGUUAAAGCGCCUCACUUGGAUAUUAAAGGACCAGAUGUCGACAUUGAAAGUCCAAGUGGUAAAAUCAAAGGUCACAAAUUCAAAAUGCCAACCAUUUCAGGACCAAAUCUCUCCAUGCCAAAUGUUGAUUUUAACCUGAAAGGCCCCAAACUCAAAGGCGAUGUGGACAUGUCAAUGCCAAAGAUAAAAGGAGACAUAAAAAGACCUGAAGUUGAAAUCAAAGCUCCAGCGGUUGAUAUUGAAGGGCUGAAAGGUGGAAUUAAAAUGCCAAAAAUCCAAAUUCCAUCAUUUGGCUUCGAAGGUCCAAAAGUUGAGGUUCCAGAUGUUGAUAUUAACCUUCCCAGAGCAGACAUUGAUGUGAAAGCACCUAAAGUUGACAUCAAUCUGAGAGGUCCCACAAUCAAAGGUGAUGUGGGAGUGUCAGUGCCAAAGAUAGAGGGAGACAUAGAAAAACCUGCUGUUGACAUCAAAGGUCCACAGGUCGAUUUUAAAGUUCCUAAGGGGGGAUUUACAAUGCCUACAAUGACCAUGCCAUCACUUAACAUUAAAGAUCCAAAGGUUGAGGGUUCAGCCUUCAACAUAAACAUUCCCAAAGGAAACAUUGAUGUGAAAGCACCUGAUGUUGAUUUCAAAGUGAAAGGUCAAAAAGUCAAAGGAAAAAUAGAUGCAUCCUUGCCCAAAUUGGAUUCAGAUAUCAAAGGUCCGACCAUCACUAUGGAAGGUGUGUCUAUUGAUUCUGAAAAGACAGGUAUAACAUUUCCCAAGUUCAAAGGUCCUAAGUUUGGAAUGAAAUCCCCAGAAGUCGAGGGGAAAACACUCAUGUACAGUGUGGAAGCAAAAGGUUCCAAAACAGAACUGCCAGGUAGUGACACAGGUCUUGAUGCCCCUGACAUUAAUAUCAACGUUAAGGGGAAGAAGGGGAAAUUCAAACUUCCAAAAGUGAAAGGAAAGGCAAAGAAACCCGAAGGUGAUAUAGAAACGCCUGCAGUAGACCUGGAUGUAGACACACCCAAUAUUCAAGUCAAGGGAACAAAGGUAAAGAAGCCGCGUUUUGGUAAGCUUCAUUUUCCUGAUGUGGAAUUAGAUAUGAAAUCUCCAAAAUUGAAAGGUGAUGGAUCUUUACCAGAGGGCAUUGACAGUCCAAAUAUUCAUUUGGGAGGGACGGAUAUGCAAUUUAAGACUCCUAAUAUUAAAAUGCCAAAUGUGAAUGUAGCUUCUGAUGUCGAUACACAUUUGAACAGAGAGGCAACUAUGUCUGUAGGUUUUAAAGGCCCAAACAGAAAUGUGAGCUCUGGUGCAGAGCUUGAUGCAAGUGCUUCAGGCCGCAGUGGAAGUGGGGCCCUUCAUUACCCAGAAGGUACUGUAACAUUUCCUAAAAUCAAGGUACCACAAUUUGGCAUUAUUCAGCCUCAGGAGGAAGUCCAGGGAGGUGAAGGAAGUUGGCAAGUUAGUUCACCAAAUAUUGAGGUUCCCAGUCCAGAACUUAGGCAAAGAGAAGGCAAAAUAAGGGUAAAGAUGCCAACAUUCUUUGGCAAAUCUAAAGCAAAGGGUAGUAGUGCGGGUGACCUUCGAGGACCAGAGGUAGGGUUGAGUACAAGUGGAAAAGGCGGUAAGGUACAUACCGGGGGACUGACGGCUGGAAAAUUAGAAUUUGAGGGUGAUCCUGGGCUCAGUGUGUCAGCUAAAGGAAAGUCAGCCUCACUAGAUCUAUUUAAGAAAUCAAGGCAUCGAUCUUCUUCUCUGAGUGAUGAGGGGGGGCCUGCAGUGAGUUCUCCUUCAGCUCACUUAGAAGCUGAGGGUGGCGACAUUUCUUUAGACCUAGGAGAAAGCAAGGUCAAAGGAAAGAAAGGCAAGUUGAAGUUUGGCACCUUUGGAGGUUUCGGUGCAAAGUCAAAGGGCUCAUAUGAAGUGUCACUUGGUGGGGAGGGUGAAGCAGGUGCAGGUGUUUCUUUACCCUCUAAGACAUCGAGAUUGUCUUCAUCCUCCAGCAGUGACAGUGGUUCGAGAGGUGGUUUCAGGUUCCCAAGACUUGAACUUUCUGUUUCACCAAAAAAAUGAUGAACAAAUUAAUAAUGAGAUAAAUUAAACCCUCUCAUGUACACCCAAAUAGACUCACCUAACAUGGAGAUUUUUUAAAAAGAUUUUAAGAAUCUAAGGGGACGUACACAGUCAUCUCAAUUAUGGUUAACUAUGAGUAGUUACUUUUUUCAAUGAAUAGACAAGAGUGCAUGAGAUUGUUUAAAAUCCCUUAUCACUGUAAAUAAGAUUAAAUUGUAUUGUGAUAAUAACUUUUGUUUUUGUUUGUACAUAGUCCAGAUUUAUUGAACAUAUGCCAUAUCAUCCCAUUCUCACAAGUAGUUUUAGUAUUACAGGGUGGUCUUUUCUCCUAUUGCAUUAUAUUAAAUUAAUGGUAUUAAUGAAUGGGUGUGGAAUAUUUGUAUCCACAGAACAUAUAGUUACGAUUUUUUUGAAGGAAAAUGUUGUUUAUACACAGACACAAAUGCAAACAGUUAUCAGUUUUUUUGUGUAUUAAAUGAUUUAAUUUUCAAGCUUUUGUUAUUAUAUAAUCAGUGCAAAGGCUAUUUAGGAAACAUCUAACUGGCACUUUCUAACACAAUCCAAAGAAUAAUAGUGUUGUAUAUUCCUUAAUUACAGAGAAAAAUCCUGUUUGAACUACCAACUCUCUCAAAUGCUGUCAGUACUUUACUGUUAAUUUUGAAAUAAACUUUAUUAACCUUCAGAAUCUGUACCAUUUACAAAAAGUAUGCAACGUAUUAAACAUAUUUGCUUCCUAUUCAUGUGUCAUUUUCAUUCUGACCUGUUUUAUUAUCCUCUGUAUUUUUUUUCUGUCACUCUCUCUUUGUACACAAACCUAAUGAUUAUGUAAUAAGAUGUCACAAAUAAAAUCACUUUUUGAUUGCGAACAGAA